GUUACAGAAAAAACUGCCCCCCGACAUGGGAGUAGUUGACAGCACAUCGCCGGAGCGCAGACUACAUAACACGUUAUUCAAUUUAAGCGUUGUGACCGGAGGUGUGGCGAUAUAUCUAGCCAAAUCCCCUAGUUUAGUUAGCGUUGACAAUUAAUUGUGUCCGAUGAGAAGAACAACCAGCUAUUAUCUGCGAACAUCAUCAACUUGUGUUAGUCGAAACGAAUUGCAGGAGCGGUUGAGAGAGGCGUCUGCGCUUGGGGACAUUGACGAAGUGCGGAAUUUAGUAGAGAGCGGAGUAAAUGUCAACUCACAAAAUGAAAUAAAUGGAUGGACCUGUUUGCACUGGGCCUGCAAGCGAAACCACAAACAUGUGGUGUCAUACCUGCUGAACUCUGGUGCUGACAAAGAAAUCCUCACAGCUAAGGAUGAGUUGGCUGCUCAGCUAACUUCCAAACCAGAAAUCAAAAGACUGUUGGGAGGAAAGCUGCAAAAAGUGCCUGAAGUCAAAGAGCUUGAGUUGCCAUUCAUCCCAAAUUACCUUUCCAACCCUCCGUUUAUGUAUAGCAAAAUGGACAACAAGGCUGAGCUUAUCCUUAACCCGCUGUCAAACCAAAAUGGUUCAGGCGGAGACCACUCAGAGUACCCACACAGCGACCCAGCUUCCCUCUCUCCCACCCACGAGUCACAACAGCCUCUGCAACAACAAAGCCUACCAGCCGAUCCCCCAGGCCCCAGGGAAGGAGCUUUCGUCCCAGUUUCUGAGCAGAAUGGAGUGUCAUCCAGCCUGGCAAUGCACACCGCUAACGGACCCCUGCCCAUGGACCUCUCAGUAGAGCCCCAUCUAGUCAACCAUGGAGAGUACCCAUACUCGGUGACCUAUAAUGGGCCUGUGUGUUCAUCUGCACUGCCCUCCCCCAGCCCCAGCACCACUAGCAGUGGGAGCCAGGCCCAGGGGGCUAAUGCUAAUGCUAGCACCAACCCCUCAAUUACCAGACAGCAGUCAGUCCCCCAGCAGCUGAACUGUGGUCAGACUGCUGGGGGGCCCAUGCCUGCCUUCCAGCCCUUCUUCUUCACAAGCACGUUCCCGGUCAAUGUACAAGAGCUGGUUUUGAAAGUGCGUAUCCAGAACCCCAAUGCACGUGAGAACGACUUCAUCGAGGUGGAGCUGGACAGACAGGAGCUGACGUACCGCGCCCUGCUCAGGGUGUGCUGCCGGGAGUUGGACCUCAGCGCUGAGCACGUGGAGAAGAUCCGCAAGCUGCCCAACACCAUGCUGAGAAAGGACAAAGACGUGGCACGGCUGCAGGACUUCCAGGAGCUGGAGGUAGUCCUGGAGAAGGCAGAGGGCCUGUCCCUGUUCUCUGCGGCUGGCAGUCUCACAGACAGACCCUGUUACAACAUGAAGGCUUCUAGGCUCACCUAUUAGAGCCGCAAUGGAGCCCCGGUUGCUCACUUCAGCAUGGAUUGUCAGAGUAACCGCCUACCACACAUUCUGAGGCCCACCCAAAGUCUGGGUGCCCCAGAAUUGCAGUGGUUCUUAAUUCGGUGUUCAUUCAGUUUGGCCCAGUUCGGUGACUCUUAGACAACAUUAUUGGAUUUGUUUUCCCAAAUGUUCCUGUUCUUGAUCUUGUCCACCUCCUCCUCCCUUUCCUUUUUUACCAAUGGUCUGUGUAACUAACCAGAGCUAACACAUUACUCUAGCAUGAUGUCCUCAGUAAUGCACAGAAGAAUUUGGAACCCUAUCUUUCUCUUUUCCCUCUCUUCAUGUGUCCAUCUCUCUCUCUUAUGUCAAUCUCUGUACUUUGAGACCCAGUGGAAGAUGUGACAGAGGUUCAUUGUCUUGUCUUCCUUGUUGGACGGACUUGAUGGCCGUGCAUUAACCAUAUAUGGGUGUUUAGGUAACCAUCCAACGACUAUAAUCAUGGAUGAGGGGAAUAUGGCUCUCGUAAUGUUCUCCAGCCACUCUACGAAGGUCUGCUGCGUAGUACCAUGUUGUCGCACUGCAGCCUCACAGAGCAACAUUCUAUACCAACACCUGCUUCAGAGUUCAUCACAGAUGAGGAAGUUCCUACUGGCAUCCACACAGUCACACGUAAUACUAGACAGGUUUUGUCCAAAAAAGUGUAAUCAAUAUUAAUGGCCAUGGAGAAGUAAAAAAAUCUUUCACACUUUUAUUUUGUUCAUAACCAGUUUGCCGGUCUUAUUUUAGGCUCUUUCAGUGGUUCAAUUGAGCUGUUUAUGGAUCCACUGCCUUUGCAUAGAGGUGUGAUUAGAAUAGUAGGAGCAGGAACUUAGGACAGAGUCUUACCAGCUGGCACUCAACUGUCAUUCAUUUAGUGGGACCUUAAUAACUGUGCUGUGUUGGCACACAAACUGUAAAGCUUUUAUUCCUUCUGUACCAAUACUAUGACAUAAGUUAACUACUUGACAGAUAACUUGGUUGCCACCACAGACAUAAAUAAUGAAAAUUAACCCUAAACACUGGAGAAGAAAGCAUUGCUUCUGCUCUGAUGACAAAAAACAGCUUUUUUUUUACCUUGUAUAUUUGGCAAAAGGUGUGUUUUAGGGGGUUAUGUUAAUCAGACCAAAACUAGUUUAUACUUCCGGCAGUUUGUUUGGCUUUCAAUGUACCCAAGUGUCCCUUUUGACAAUAGCUAUUUGGUAUAAUGCUAAAAUACUGUCAACUGGGAAUUUAAUUUUAGUGUAAAGAGUGUAAAGAUAAAACCACUUCAGUGCACUUUAGAGUUAUUAAAGUCCCAGCAAAAGGGGCGGUUGAGUUUUUAAGCCUAAAGAUCGUCAAGCCCUCCCAAUUGAAUACUUUAGUUUACAUACUUCCAAUAACUGUGAUUACAGUCUAAACCAAAAACAAGCAUAUAGCCAGCAAGAGUUUCCUGAAGUCUAUCAAUUGUACACCAGAUCUUUGCUGUAGAACUUUAUUUUGAGUCUGAGAAGGAACAGAAAUGUAGCUGAGGGUUUUCAUGUCCUAUUUGGUAUACCUGAUGAUUGUUUGAGCGUUUCCGCAACAAUUCCAAAUCAACUUUCCCUGAAAGUUGGGUUUUUGUCAUCCAGAGUGUCAAUUUGAAUUUAUAUUGUGAUGCGAAAACAUUUUGGCCCAGUCAAUACAUAACCUUCAUUUAGAGACUAGAGGUCAAUAUGUCUAAACACUAUUGCUCAGUUAUGUUUGCCAGUUUAAAUCUGAUGAUACUGCAUUUUUGUAAAGCUAUGAUGUUUGCUACUUUAUUCCCUUGUUGGUAAUAACAGUGUGUCCACUACAAAUCCUGGUCUUUGAACCUGAGAAUUGAGAAGGCUAGGAUUUUAAGAGACAAUGGGUGAGGAAGCUACUCACAGGCCACUGUGUUCAUUUGUACUAAGCUGUAGGCCAAGAUUUGUAGCCUCAAUGUUGAUAGAAAAUGCUUUAUGCUGCUGUAUACACAUGAACUUCUAGGGAGUUGAACAACUCUAAUAUUUGCUCCAGGCUGGUUUACUUUAAGUUGAACUAAGUUGAAGUUAAAAGUGUAGUAAGUGCCCCAUUACAUACAUUCUAUGUACAAUCAACAGUUGAUAAGAAGGCAGUAAUUUGUUUACAGUUUUAGUGGAUACCUUAAGCUCUGACUGUAUUAGUAAUAUGGUUAUAGAUUUUUAUUGAUUUGUAUUUUUUUAACAAGCUAGGCCUAUAUCUUCAGUUGUUAUCAAGUGUUAACAGUUAUAGGGAAGUUUGUCAGAAUGGGUGAUGGGUUCAGAAGGCAUAUAUUGCACAGAUUUAGGCUGUGGGGGAAUUAGUUAAGUGUGUUCAGGAAGUAGCUAAAGAUGAGGAACAGGACUGGGUGGGGUGUUGUUUUGUGUUCCUAACCAUGUUGAGUGCUUUAUUAAAUGAUGAGUAUGUGCAGAAGAUUGUGCUUGGUUGAAGAAACUGGAUAAUGACGAAAUGCCUUUGGCCAUUUUGUGCCCAAUGUUUGAGAGCGUGACCAGUGUUGAGAUUCUCCUCUCUUUAUUCCUGGUUGUGUGAAAACUCAACCUUGUACUGAUUGAUUGAUUGAUUGAUCGAUCGUGUUCUAGAGAGAGAAUACAGUUUGACUUAACCUAUGCAUUCAGAGUCUGAUAUUUUUAUAUGUGCUGUGUACCUUUGAUAAAUUACUUAAGCACUGUUUAACCUGUGUUUGGUUUUGGAGACCUGUAUCUGUUCUUUGAUAAAGCAUGGUGAAUAACUUUGAACAUUCUU